AUGGCUCUGUGGAAUCAUACAGUUGUGAAGGAAUUCAUACUCCUUGGCUUAACAGAAAAUCCCGAUUGGCAGAUUCCUCUCUUUUUGCUUUUCAGCAUAAUUUAUUUAAUCAUUUUUGUGGGUAACUGGGGAAUGAUCUUCUUGAUCUGGUUGAAUGCCCACCUUCAUACCCCAAUGUACUUCUUUCUUAGUAACCUCUCUUUCUGUGACAUCUGCUACUCUAAUGUCAUUGCUCCUAAGAUGCUCAUCAAUAUCCUAUCAGAACACAAGUCUAGUAGACUCCUUUCCUGUGUUCUGCAAAGUUUCUUUUUUAUGGUGUAUGCAACCACAGAAGCCAUCCUCCUGUCUAUGAUGGCUUAUGAUCGCUAUGUGGCAAUUGCAAACCCCUUAAUGUAUACAGUUAUUAUGACAUUAAGCAUCUGUAUUAGCAUGGUUCUUGCAUGUUACUUGUGUGGCAUCAUUAAUUCCCUGACUCACACAAUAAGUCUACUGAGAUUGGAAUUCUGUGGUCCCAACGUUGUGAAUCACUUCUUCUGUGAUGUUCCUCCUCUUUUGAAGCUUUCAUGUUCUGAUGCACACAUCAAUGAGAUUCUGCUUUUGGUCUUCUCUGGAGUGAUUGCUAUUUUCACUUUCAUCAUUGUCAUGGUGUCCUAUAUCCACAUUAUCAUUGCCAUUCUGAAAAUCCGCUCAACUGAGGGGAGGCGUAAAGCCUUCUCCACUUGUGCCUCACACCUGACAGCUGUGACAUUAUUUUAUGGUUCUGGCGCAUUUAGCUAUAUCCAGCCCAGCUCUCAGUACUCCAUGGAACAGGAAAAAGUCUCUGCUGUGUUUUACACCUUGGUCAUCCCUAUGUUGAAUCCUCUGAUUUACAGCCUGCGGAACAAGGAUGUGAAGGAGGCAGCAAAGAAGUUGAUUUGUAGGUAG